AUGACCAACAACCCCUACCUCGACUACCUAUACCAAGGCCAGUACGAGUACAAGCUCCCCAACACCAUCAAGAUCAACCCCAACAAGCAGGUUGGCGACUACAAGGCCUUCUUGACUGAACCCCCAGCCCAAAAUAAUGCGCCUCUGGAGACUACAGAAGACGAUCCAUACCACGUUCCCGCCUACUUCAAUCUCAGCGAGCCAACUACAGACGUGCCCGCACAAGAAAAAGAAGAGGUGGAACUCGAGUUUGACCCUCCGCUUCGUCACUAUGCUGAGCUCAGAGGCGGCUUACCAAUUGGAUAUAUCUGGAUCCCACCAAGUUCUCCUGAGCCAGUGCCACGCGAGGCAACUCCUCAGCAAGACCUUGUUUUCGUCACUCCGGUGAGGCCAGUGAGGACAAUGCCCAUUACCAAGAAGCGCAAGAGCAAGAAAACCGUCAUUUUCGCCUUCAGCCCCCAAAACAAGAAGCACAGGCGAGAGACCACCGCUGAGUACCAGAUGCGAUUCACCAGCCCGCUUUCGGAAGAGCUGUCAGACGCGCCUAGUGGUCUGCUGACACCUGAGCCGAGGAAGUUUGUACUACAUCGCAGGUAG